AGAUCGAUAUGCACCACCACGUUAUCUCUCAUUCUCCUCUCUGGCAUCACGAUCAUAUCCACCGCGGCAUCCAACCAGACCCAUCGGCCGCUAAGCUACGAGACAUGGAAGAAGGAUUUGUGUUAGAUUGUAUCCAAGUAGAGAAAGUCAGAUAUAAGUGGUCUGCCGACAUCAUCCCGAAGUACGAUGCCCUAGUCGAUCCUCAUGCCAGUCACUUCUUUCAUUCGCCGAUGGUGAGAGGGGUAAUAGGAAAAACAUUGGGUGGCAAGUACCUACCCAACAUCUGGCAACCAGAUCCGAUCCGUCCAUUCUCACCACUCGUUCCAACACGCCAAAGUCGAUCACCAACUCGUUGUUCUCUGUCUGCUCGACGACGAACUCCAAGAUCACAAUCAGAAGGAGCUCUUAGACAGAGAGAAAAUGACUUCGUAGUAGACAGUGUCUGCUCAACUAACCAGGUGACAAACAGGAAGCCACUGAUCAAUUCCUAUGAUGCAUUGAGUGAUAAACACGCUUCAGGGUACUUCAGAAGACCAAGGGUGAAAGCAGUACUUGACUUCACUCUCAUGAAAACACCUAAAGCGACCAAGAGAGAUUGGAACCUAUCGCCGAGAACCUCUACACCUGGAAGAAAGCGAUCUGUGACUUGCGGCUUGACAGGAGUGAAAUUGACAAUCAAAAUGCCUGACUCAGCAACAAAUAAGAUUAAGACGUCGAAAAAAACACCACGCGGACCACCAACUCCUUCUGUUGACGAAUUAGAGGAGUUGGAGAAGAAUUUCUUAUUGGAUUGUAUCGCUAUAGACACUAUAUCAAAAGAUUAUUCGAUGGCACAACCGAAACUAGGACCUGCUAUCCCAGGUUAUAAUUCACAAAAGGAUAAACAUGUGAAUUUAUAUUUCACCAGAGCUCAAGUUAGCACAACUCUCAGGAAAACAGGACAGGACAAAGGAGGCACAUCAAUUGAUGGGCCAGUCAUCGACAGAUUCAUUGAGUCUGGGUCAGGGUACAAGUACCUCCACGCACGCAACCAAGCACCUGGAGCUGCCAAAGCUGGACACUGUAUGGACCAAGUAAAUGGCCACGCCCAAUUCCUGCAAGAUGUCAAACCUAUCUUUGGUUACCAUGGUAACUUUGGAUUCAGGAGAAACAGUCCAUGGCUCAGGAAGAUGCCAUCUCCAUUUGGUGUAGACAUUAGAUCACCCACUCACUGAGUGAUACACCUUCGUCUGAUUCCAUUGUUUGCUCAUAUCUCAAUAUAUUUCUAAUGUAUGUUUAAAUACAAAGUUAUUAAAAUAUUAAAAUACGGAACCAGCAGGAAAAUGGAAA